UUUCGUUUAAAGCAAAAAUAAAAACAAAAACAUCUGUUGUGAGCUGAAAACCUAAAUAAAAUUGUUGCAAAUACAAGAAAAAUGUCUGAAUAUAGUGUCGCUAAAAGCAGCAGACUUGUUCUGAAAGGAGAAAAAUCAGAAGGUCACAAACGCAAGCACAAAAAACACAAAAAGGACAAAGAAUCAAAAAAGGUUCGCCUUGAAGCAGACGAAGACGCUCUAAAGCACGGAGGCUGGUGGAAAGUGUCCAAGACCACGGAAAUAACCGGCUCCAUCGCUAUUCAGUUUGGCAAGCGAGCGUACAUUCGCGCCCUGGAUAAUGGAACAUUCACUCUCGGAGCUCCUCAUGACGCAGGCGAUGGCCCGGACCCGGAGGAGAUCUUUACUGCCGUACUGAUCAACGAGGAAAAGGUUGCGUUCAAAUCUGGCUACGGAAAAUAUUUGAAAGCUGAAAAGGACGGAAUGAUCACGGGACGGUCCGAUGCGGUGUCGGCUUUAGAGCAGUUCGAGCCGGUAUUCGAAGGUCCCAGGAUGGCGCUACUAGCCGCGAACGGGUGCUUCGUUUCGGUAGAUCCCGAGGAUGAUGCUGUGGUGGCGAUAAAGAAGAAAGUUGGCGACAACGAGGUGUGCGUGGCGAGAAGCUGUGCCACUCGAGAGGAGAAAACAACCAAGGAAGUGGCCGUUGAGGAAGAAGGCGACCUCGAUCAGGUCGAAAUCAAUUAUGUCAAAAAGUUCCAGAAAUUCCAGGACAAAAAACUGCGCGUCAAUACCGAAGAUAAAGUCGCACUGAAGCGAGCCAAAGACGAAGGUGCGCUCCAUGAAGCCCUGUUGGACCGACGCAGCAAGAUGAAAGCGGAUAGAUAUUGCAAAUAAACGUCUCUCAGCACAA